AUUCCCUGCCCCACCCGGGCCUGCUUCCAGUCCGAGGGAAGCGGCGAGGGUGUGUGCCUCCCUGCCCGGUUCCGGCUGACCGUUGGCCCCUCAGCCGGCGCCCUCACAGAGCUUUCCUAGCCGUCCCUCGCCUCCCCUCCUCCGCGACUCUGGUAACACCACCAUAGCGCCGAGCCGGGGAGGAGGGGAGGAGCCCUUCAGCGUGACGCCCCCGGGGCCUCAGGCUAGUCUGGACUCGGCCCGCCCCGAGGGGCGUGAGGAAGGGGCGGGGCUGCGGACUUCGGACUCUAGCCCGUACGCCUCCUCCUGCCGAGACAGAGCAGGCAGCCUAGUCUAGCGGUGAGCGAGCCAUGACGGCGCUAUGGGGGCCCUGGCCCGAGAUGCAGGACACCUGCACCUCGCUGGGGCUGAUGCUGUUGAUCGUGCUGUUCGUGGGACUGGCCCGCGUGGUCACCCGGCAGCAACUGAACAGGCCCACGGUCCACGCCUUCAUCUUGGAGUUUCUGGCCACCUUCCAGCUCUGCUUCUGCACCCAUGAGCUGCAACUGCUGAGCGAGCAGGAACCCCUGCACCCCACCUGGCCGCUGACGCUAAUCUACUUCUUCUCGUUGGUGCAUGGACUGACUCUGGUGGGCACCUCCAGCAACCCGUGCGGCGUGAUGAUGCAGAUGAUGCUGGGGGGAAUGUCCGCCGAGACCGGCGCGCUGAGGCUGUUGGCUCAGGUGAUCGGUGCCCUGUGCAGCAGGCACUGCAUAAGCGCCCUGUGGAACCUGGGGCUGACCAAGUAUCACGUCAGUGAGAGGAGCUUCGCUUGUAGGAAUCCCAUCCAAGUCGACCUGCCCAAAGCGGUAGUCAUAGAGGCCGUCUGCUCCUUUAUCUUCCACAGCGCUUUGGUGCACUUCCAGGAGGUCCGAACCAAGCUUCGUAUCCACCUGCUGUCAGCACUCAUCACCUUUUUGGUCUAUGCAGGAGGAAGUCUAACAGGAGCUGUAUUUAAUCCAGCUUUGGCACUUUCACUACAUUUCAAGUGCUUUGAUGAAGACUUCCUUCAAUUUUUUAUUGUAUAUUGGCUGGCUCCUUCUUUAGGUAUAUUGUUGAUGAUUUUGAUGUUCAGCUUUUUCCUUCCAUGGCUGCAUAACAACUAUACAAUUAAUAAAAAGGAGUAAUUACUCUAGAAGACUCAGACUAAGUUACAGGACAGUCAAGCUGGAUGUGAUUAAGAUUUCAUUACCUCAUAUUUCAGCAUACCGGCUGCACUGGAUUCGUCAAUGUUAUCUUCCUUUGAGGAAGCUGCCUUAGAGUUUCCAGUGCUGGGACUUCAAAAAAAAUUUACUGUGAAAACGAGGAAUCCUGUGUUUCUGAGUUAAGACUUGUUCUUUUAAGUGUGUAUUAAAUGCUGCUAGAAAAGACUUACUACACUAAAUAUAAAUCUCAAGUGAUAAUUGUUAAUUUUGAUGACAAAGAAACUGAAUACAGGGUCAGAAAGAAAGGGAAGGUAAUAGUAGGACCAAGAAAGAGUGUGUUAUCAAGUGUUAACAUCAAUGAACAAGAUUUUUCACCAGAGUACAACCAGUCAUGCUUGCAGAACUGGGGACAGGAUACUUUUCAGCCACUACCUCACACACUGAUAUCAUCAGCAGCAGCAUCUUUCAAUAGGAAAGUUGCUUUUAGAAGUAGAUUGUAUAUCUACUCAUACUCAAGGGGUUUCCUAAAUUUUAAAUAUAUUCUAAUCUAUUUUCUCUAAAUAGACAAUCUCACUAGCUUUAGGCAAGUUGUCAUUAUUUAAUAGAAUGUAAUAAAACAAAGCACCCAUACAAAGUCGAAGUGGAAGCCUUUCACAUUCUCAUUUUACCGUAUCAGCUACCUCAUGAAGUAGGUAGGGUAUGUAUUUUUAAUUUCCAUUUUACAGAUAAGGAAACUAAGGUGUACCUCCCUGCCCAAGGUCAGAUACAGCCAAACACCAUCUUUAGAAUUCUACUUCAGUACAAAAAAUGUUCUCAGUCAUCAUUAAGACUAAAGGAAAACUGAAGAUUUUGAAGAAACACUAAAUACUUUAUGUUAAAGUCUGUUUAGGAAUUAACUAGCUUUUUUUUUUUUUCAGGCUUAAAGAACCUUCAGUUUUUUGUUUUCAUUUUUUUAAUUGUACAAGGUCUACUUUUCAUUAAAAGUUCAGGUCAUAAAAAGUUAAGUUUAUUUCUUUUCAAUUCUAAUUAAAUAGAAAAAUUGAAUUGAAAAAAAAAUGGGACAAGAUAAGAUCUGAGUAAUAACUAAGCAACAGAUACACUGCCAGGUAAUUUAAGUUCUGCCUGGUGAUCAGCUUGUGGCUAGUCACUCUCUUUACACCUACAGGCUGAGCUAGACUGCUGCAGGCUACCCAGCAAGGCAGCCAGUUUGAUGGUCAUGACAACUCAUGCACUUACAAAUACAUACCUGUGGUAGUUCCUAUUUUUAAAAGCAAAGUUCAUAAAAUUGCAACAAUGGCUAAAUGCAGUCUCUGACAUGUUUUGUUUGGCCUGCACAGUAAUUUUUUUUAAGAUAACAAGCUAGUAUUGUUAAGUCUUUUUCACACAAAAAUCCAGUUUCAGCCUUUCUCAGAAAAAAAAAAAAAAAAUCUAAAGAUCUGUCAAUACUAGGCCUGAAUUCUGCCAUGACAACCACACAAAAUGAUUAGUCCCCUUAAGUGGUCUCUUUGCCACUCCCUAUGUCUUCCAGACAUGAAGCUGAGUUUCCCUUACUGUUUCACUUCAUGGCUGUUUUUCUUACAGGUUUUUUUUUUUUUUAAUUCAUGUCUCUGUUAUCAUGAGACUGUGGUUUAAGAACAAGGAGCAGUUGCAGGGAGGGUAUAGCAUAGUGGUAGAGCGCAUGCUUAGCAUGCAUGAGGUCCUGAGGUUCAAUCCCCAGCACCUCCUCUAAAAAUAAGUAAACCGAAUUACCUCUCCCACAAAUAAAAUGAUUAAAUAAUACAAUAAUAAAUAAAAUAUUAGGGAAAAAAGAACAAUGAGCAGUGAUUUGUGUAAAUACUCAGCCCUCAAACUUCACUUGUCAGAAUUAGAAGUUGUGACUUCCGAUGACGCUGCUUUCCCCGCAGCCCUCUCAAGUGGUAGCUUAGUCUCUACCUCAUCUCUUGACACCACUGGGCCUGGAGGUAGAAUAGGUUCUUUUCCUCAUCUGUUCUCCACUCCCUCCAUUAAAAACGUCAUCAGACCAUGCCUGGGCACUUCUUACUGCAGUUAUCCACCGUGCAGUCCCCUCAAUUCCCUCCUGAUCCUUUAGGAACUUCAUUCCUGUCUCAAUCUCACUCUCUACAAUACUAUACCAGUUAUAUUUGUUAGUGAUUUCAAAACUUAGAGAUGAUCCUUCCAGUGUCCUGGUCUCCCAGUUCAUUGGCUAAACUUGAAAGGCUCUUCAAUAACUUUCCUUCUCUUCUGCCUCAGCUACAACUUGGGACAUAACCUUGAGCUUGUCAUUACCAGUAACUCAAACUCUUCUCUAAUCUCAAACACCCAUUCCCCAACCACUAACUCCUCUCUCUAGCUCACUCACUCAGUAUCCCAUCUCCAAUGAUCAUUUGAACCGCCAGAGGGAACUUCUGUCCAUUGAUACCAACAUCUUUUCACAUCCGUCUCCCCUUUCACUUACUCUUUUCUCGUUAAGCAGCUUAAAUUACACUCUUACAACUCCCUUGUUCCUCUAUCUCAUCACACUCACAUGGCUUAACCACAAUUUGAGUAAAUCCAAAUGUCUACUUAUUCCAUGCCUGCACCCAAACGUGAAACAGAAGAAAAAUUGGAGACAGCAGGACAGUUCUUUCAAAGAUGUUGCUGUAAACAAAGAAAAUAUGGGUGGUAGCUGAAGGGGGAAAUUGGGUUAAGAAAGAUUUUUUGUUUAAGGUGGGAAAGAUACUGGCAUGUUUAUAUGCUGAAAGGUACGAUGUAGUAGAGAAAAUGAUGUAGGAGAGGAAGAGAUUUCCCAGGUCUGUAUAUUUUUAAUAGGUUAUUGAAGAUAGAAUUAAGUGCACAACUGAAGAGAUUGGCCUUAGCUAGAAGCACAGACAGAGCAUUCACAGUAACAGGAGAAAAGGUAAGAAUACAUGUGCACAAGAAGAGUUAGGUAAGCAGAUGUGAUGUUGGGAGACUAAAGACGUUUUCAAUUUUCCUCUUCCCAUUUUUCUCUUGAAGUAUUCUAGUCAGGCCUCAACUCCACCAUUCCACUGAAAUUCUUGCCAAAGCAUCAGUGACUUUCAUGUUGUCAAAUCAAGUUCUCAUACUUCUUACCUAUUAACAGCAUUUGAUAUAAUUUAUUGCUUCCUCCUCCUGAAUCACUUCACUUCCAGAAAAUCAUUGCCUUCUUAUUAGUUCUUUCUCCUUUCCACAAAUUAAAUGAUAGCUUCCCAGGGGUCAGUACUCUGAGCUUCCUAUUUCUUACUCUCUUGGCAAUUUUAUCCAUUCUUGUGGCUUUAUAGCGACUAUAACCUAGUAACUGCCAAAUUUAUACCUCCACCUUGUACAACUGUCCUGAACUCCAGACUCAUAUCCAUCUGUAUAUUUAACAUCUAUAUUUGAUUGUUUAAUACAGAACUCUAGUUGAUAUAUGCAGCCCUAGUUAAUUCAAAUCGCAUGGUUUAUCCAUUCUAUUCAUGGCAUUUGUAGUUAUUCACUAUUAAAUCAAUGCUCUGAUAAAAUUCUUGUGCAUGUCUUCUUGUAUGCAUGUGUUUUUCUAGGGAGUAGGUGUUCAUACUUCUCAUUAUGGCCUAACAGCAUAAAAUAAAUAUUUGUGGGUCCUGAUGGGAAACGUACUUAUUGUGGGUAUAAUGGAAUGUAUGAAAGCUACUGUGACAGAGAAACACAUGCAUGCACAUAAGACAUGCAUAAGAACAUCUGCAGCAGCAUGGCUUCAAUAAUGAGUAGCUGGAACCUUAAAUGCCCAGGAAGAGAAUGGAUGAACUGUGCUAUAAAGCUGCCCGUAUCAUCUUGGGUAAAACUUUUAAAGUGCUGAGCUGAAAAGCAGCAGAAGGAUUUAAGAAAUAAAAGUUAAAAAAUAAGAACCCAGUACUAUGUUUACAGGAUACAUACAUAUGUAGCAAAAAAAAAAAAAAAAAACCCA